AUGGAUGCCCAGUAUCCCUUUGCCUCCCGCGACGAUAUUUGGCGCGUUUUUGAAGAACUGAAGGAGCUUCAUGCUACCCAGUUCGAGCAGGCGGAGCGGAUUGCCAGGCUGGAACGACGAAAAGACGAGGAUGCGAGAUUGAGAAGUGUCUGGGGUCCUUUGUCGCCAUUUCCCAGUUCCGUUGGAGGUACAGCACCCACAGAACCUAUCUUUCAUUCGCCGGCCGACGCUUUCAAGGGGUUUGACCAGGGACACCAUCCCGGCGUGGCGAGCACGAUGGGUCUUGAUAAUGAAGAUGAGCCACGGCGUGGGACAUCUAGAGCAAAUAGUGUUCGGUUUGAUGAAAGCGCCAUCCACGGAUAUUACGGACAAACUAGUCGUUCCAGCAGCGAGUUUCCGCUGAGGACUGGGAGCGGCAUGGGGGCCCAUCCGCUGACCGAACGCUCCUUGUCACACCGGUCAGAUGGGAGACAGAGUUCAUCCGGCCAUUCUCACCAUUCCGCUAGGGCCAACAGUCUGGGCUUGGACACAACUAGCAAAAUGAUGAGCUCCUCUGUCAGUGGAUCCCCUCUCAUCCCUCCCCCUGGGCUUUUCCUGCUUGGGCCUGUUCCGUGCAUUAUCCGGUGCUGGUUGACAACCAAUUUCUCCAACGAUUCGCUCCUGUACGCGGCUGUUUGUUCGGGGUCGUAUGUUUCGUCGCUGGGGACCGCGAUGAUUCGGAAGCUUGGUCUGGAAGAUUUAGUGAUCCAAGAAGACGGCCUGCAAUUUAUCAAGCUUCCGAUGUAUCUGCCUGAAGCUAGUGUACAUCAGGCAUCGUCACGGUCCAGCAGCCCAGAACCCCAGGUUCCCUCACUGACCGUCCGGUUUCUCGUUCGUGAAGUCGAUCCAAGUGAUCUCUCCAUCCAAAUCGCCAUCGGAAGCGACGUCCUGCGCUCUCACAAUGCUGACGUGCUCUUUUCUCAAGACAAAAUUAUUAUGGUGGACGACGAGAGAAACAGGAUAUCCAUUCCUCUAGUUCGGCCGGAGGAUGACUCGGCCUUCAAAUCUCUUCGCACGGUGUCAGAUCCGUCGCUUUUUCCGCGUAUCGAAUCACGCCACCAGGGCAAUGAGAUCAACGGACACUCGAACGUUGGUCUCAUAGGACAACCGAUCGGUUCUCCGCCCCAGGGCAGAUCCGCCAGUGGCUCCAUCGAGGAAUCUCAAGAGAGCCGAAAGGCCCAAUCUUGGGAAACCCAUGAGCCUCCUAGCGCCGAUAACCUUCAAGCUUCGAACAAGCCCGCCGUAGCAUCGGAAUCUCAGGCCGCAGGGUCGACCAAGGUGAAGCCUACCGGAGUUUGGGUCUCGUGGAAACGCGACUCCAAACUGGAUGCGAGCGCAUCUGCGGCUGGUAGAGCAUCUCGAGGUCGUCCCAUGAAGGUGCUUCGACCCACCAAGGCGUCCUCGCGCACUCCGCCAGUCGGCAGUGUCCCACGGAGCUCUAGUGCCGAUCUUGGAGAGGCACCGGUCUCCUCUCAACCGGCUUCGUCUCGCGCCUCGCCUGACGAACCACGAACCGGAAAGCCUUGGGGAUCUAAUCCGAUCGGGGGAGCCUCUGCCUUUGGGUGGCUUAACUCCACCCAGCCCCCCAGCCGGGCCGUGACGAAUCCUAAAUGA